CGAGGUGUCCAUUUCUUGAGUGAGUACAUCUCCCCAAUCCAUCAAACUUUCGCAGGUCGCCCGGCAAGCCUUCGGCAGUUCCCAGGAUGGCGAUGACUGACGUGCUGAGCGCUGAGGACAUCAAGAAGGCGGUGGGAGCCUUUGCAGCUGUGGACUCUUUUAAUCACAAGAAGUUCUUUGAGCUGGCGGGGUUGAAAAAGAAGUCCCAUGAAGAAGUGAAGAAAGUUUUCCAAAUUCUGGACAAAGAUCAAAGUGGCUUUAUUGAGGAGGACGAACUAAAGUUCGUAUUGAAGGGCUUUACUCCUGAUGGCAGGGACCUUUCUGAUAAAGAAACUAAAGCAUUCUUAGCUGCUGGAGAUAAAGAUGGGGACGGCAAAAUCGGCAUUGAUGAAUUUGCAACCUUGGUGGCUGAAUCAUAAAGGCGUUGACCAAUCUGAACCCUCCAUCUACCCUUGACCGCCAGAUUUCAGCUGUUUUCUGCUGACCUCCUUGGUUCCUCUUCUAUUUAUUUAUGUUGUUUUAUACUCCAGCUCUGUUCUCUGCAGCCCUGAAACUCUGUAAUUGUGCUGAAAGAUGCUGUUAAAAUAAUAAAGGUCACAUCAAUCUGG